UAAAAUAAAAUAAAUAGAGCAGAGUGCUUUCCCUUUCUCAUGUGUCUUCUCAAACUAGCCUCAGGUCACAGUCGCCGCCAUUAGCAUUUAUUUGUACUACCUUUUCUUGCCCCUAUUAUCCUAGGCAACAAAACCUAUAUAUAUAUAUAUAUAAAACCGUAUCAUAAUAUUAUAAAAUAAAAAAGAAUAGAAAAAUAGUUAAUCCAUUUUCACUAUAUAUAUGCAUAUCACCACCCUAUAUGUAUAGAAAUAGAACCCCAUGAUUUUCUUGGUUUUCACCAUUUUCUUCCCCUUCUCUGUGAAAUCUUGAAAUUCGAACCAGUUUUUGGGUUCAGAAACUGAUGUACAGGGGUAUACCAUAAGUUUGAAGUGCAACUUAUUUUGGUUUGAGGAACUGACAAGCACAGGGUAAACUAAAAGACCACUGCAUGCUAUUCUAAGGAGUUUUCUUGACUAUCCUUCAGGCUUCAGGCUUCAUCAAUGGCAGAGAAAGACCCUGACUUUUUGUCCCACAAACUGCCUACUCCUUCCCAGGUGGUGGAGGAAUUAAAGGAGCUAUGGGGAAUGGCUUUGCCAAUAACAGGAAUGAAUUGUUUGGUUUAUGUUAGAGCAGUGGUGUCUGUUCUAUUCUUGGGCAGGCUUGGAAGUUUACAACUUGCUGGUGGAGCACUUUCCAUUGGUUUCACAAACAUAACUGGCUACUCUGUUCUUGUUGGUCUUGCUUCAGGUCUUGAACCAGUUUGUAGCCAAGCUUAUGGCAGCAAAAACUGGGACUUGCUCUCACUUUCCCUUCAACGUAUGAUCUGUAUACUUAUGUUGGCCAUCAUUCCCAUAAGUCUUCUGUGGAUAAACCUUGAGUCCAUCAUGCUUUUCAUGUGUCAAGACAAGGAAAUAACAGCAGUGGCUGCGACUUACUGUAUAUACUCACUCCCUGAUCUUGCAACAAACACUUUGUUGCAGCCUCUUAGGGUGUACCUGAGGUCACAAGGGGUGACUAAGCCACAAAUGUGGUGCACUUUUAUUGCAGUGCUGUUUCAUGUGCCUUUGAAUUAUUUUCUGGUGGUGGUGAUGGGGUUAGGGGUACCAGGAGUUGCUAUGGCUUCAGUGCUGACUAAUCUGCAUAUGAUGGUGUUGAUGAUGGGGUAUGUGUAUGUAUAUGGGAAGUGGGAGUGGAGAUGGACGGCUGGGAUUGGAGGGAUAUGUGGUGGGUUGGGGCCACUGCUGAAGUUGGCAGUUCCUAGUUGUAUAGGGAUAUGUUUGGAGUGGUGGUGGUAUGAGAUUGUGACUGUACUUGCUGGAUAUUUGCCUAAUCCAAGACUUGCUGUUGCUGCCACUGGGAUUAUGAUACAGACCACUAGCCUUAUGUACACUGUUCCCAUGGCCUUAGCUGGUUGUGUAUCUGCCAGGGUAGGGAAUGAGUUAGGAGCUGGGAAACCAUACAAAGCCAAGUUAGCUGCAACAGUUGCAUUAGCUUGUGCAUUUGUGAUUGGACUCAUCAAUGUUAUAUGGACAGUGAUCUUCAGGGACAAAUGGGGAGCCUUAUUUACAAAAGAUGACAUGCUUAGAGCACUUGUUGCAUCAGUCUUGCCAUUAAUAGGGAUGUGUGAGCUUGGAAACUGUCCACAAACCACCGGUUGCGGGAUACUCCGUGGAACGGCUAGACCGGCCAUAGGCGCCCGGAUCAACCUAGGCUCAUUUUACUUCGUGGGCACCCCAGUGGCCGUAGGAUUAGCCUUCUGGCUAAAAGUUGGGUUCAGUGGCCUAUGGUAUGGCCUCUUGUCAGCUCAAGCAGCCUGUGCUAUCUCUAUACUUUAUGUUGUGCAUUGCUGCACAGAUUGGGAAGGUGAGGCAUUGAAAGCCAAGAGGCUGACCAACUUGGAAAUGAUGGGCCAUAGAGAUGACACAAGUGAUGAUGAUGAACAAAAUGUCCUUUUGGUUAAUGAGAAAGACAAGUUUGAUGAUGUUCUAUAAAAAAAAGGAAAGUAAGAGAACAAAGUUCAAUGAGUUUGGAAU